AAAAUAGCACCUCCUCUUCUUCAGCACCCAAAGUCGAAGGAUAGCUCUGUGGCCUUUCAAUGGAGGAAAGUGCUCGAUUUGUCAGUAUUGUGUAAUAUAUAAAAUUCACAGUGUUCGCUUUUAUUUCGGAACAGUCUGUGCUUAGUGUGAGAGAAAGAACUGGCGUCAAAAAUGCGUAAAAAUCAACGCGGUCCAAGCAGGGAACCGCCGCGAAAGGAAUUAUCGCCGCUCAUCUGAGGCCAAUCUCGAUCAUUUUUGUCAAAUAAGGAAACAUAACAAAGUUAGCGUGCUAGCUAACGUUAGCUCCGUAGCUUAGGGUAACCCGUUGAGGACGUAUCUUUACGCAAACACAGCAGCAGCAGCCUCCGGGAGAAAACAAGAUUGGAUCUGCCUUGACGUAACAGCAGGAAAACCUGUAGGCAGCAAUGGGUGCAUUCCUGGACAAACCGAAGACAGAGAAACACAGUGCCCAUGGUGAGGGCAACGGGCUGCGCUAUGGGCUAAGCUCCAUGCAGGGCUGGCGGGUGGAGAUGGAGGAUGCCCACACAGCAGUGGUUGGCCUCCCACAUGGACUCACAGAUUGGUCCUUCUUUGCUGUAUAUGAUGGUCAUGCAGGUUCCCGGGUUGCCAACUACUGCUCAGGCCACCUGCUGGAACACAUCCUUUCGGGAGGAACUGAAUUUGGUUCAGGACCCAGCUCGGUGGAGGGCGUGAAGGAUGGCAUCCGCUCAGGCUUCCUGACCAUUGAUGAAUACAUGCGCAGCUUCACUGACCUGCGACAGGGUCUGGACCGCAGUGGAUCCACGGCUGUCUGUGUGUUGCUCAGCCCGACCCAUCUCUACUUCAUUAACUGUGGAGACUCACGGGCUGUGCUGAGUCGGGACGGCAAGGUGGGCUUCUCCACCCAGGACCACAAGCCCUGCAACCCCCGUGAAAAGGAACGCAUCCAGAACGCUGGUGGCUCGGUCAUGAUUCAGAGGGUAAAUGGCUCCCUGGCUGUGUCCCGGGCACUGGGGGACUAUGACUACAAAUGUGUGGAUGGUAAGGGCCCCACGGAGCAGCUGGUGAGCCCGGAGCCUGAGGUUUGUGUGUUGGAGCGGGUGGCCGAAGGAGAUGAAUUUGUGGUGCUGGCAUGUGAUGGUAUCUGGGAUGUCAUGUCAAAUGAGGAGCUGUGUGAGUUUGUGCGAUCACGACUCCUGGUGUGCGAUGACCUGGAGAAGGUGUGUAACUCAGUGGUGGACACCUGUCUGCAUAAGGGUAGCAGAGACAAUAUGAGUGUGGUGUUGGUGUGUUUAGCCGGAGCUCCAAAGGUUUCAGAGGAGGCUGUGAAGAAAGAAGAGGAGUUGGAUAAAUACCUGGAGACUCGUGUCGAGGAGCUUCUGGGUAACUGUGGAGAGUCGGGAGUCCCUGACCUGAUGUCUGUUCUGAGGAGCAUUGCCACAGAGAACAUCCCUAACCUUCCACCGGGUGGAGGCCUGGCCAGCAAACGGAGUGUGAUCGAGGCGGUGUACAACAAGCUGAACCCUCAUAGAGAAGAGGAGGGGGCCUGUGCGGGGGGAGAGGAGGAGAGUGAUGAGGGAGGUGGCAGCACGGCGGCUCACCUGCUGGAGGCUCUACGGCAGUUCCGCUUGCACCACCGGGGGCAGUACCGCACAGUGCUGGAGGAGUCCCUCGCCACGUACCACCUGCGGGGAGACUGCACCGCAGAGGGAGCAGGGGGUGCCAGGAGGACUUCCUAUGAUGACGACGACGACAACCAGGAUCAGCCCGCCUCCCCUCCCUCUCCCCCUUCACCCCCGCCCUCACCCGCCACUGCUGAGCCAGAAGCCAGCCAAGAUGCACCCAACCCUGAAUCCAGUCCCUAUUCUGACUGAGCACAGUGGCCCUGCCCACAUAGCCGUCCAUCCCAGUGCUCCACUCAGAUGUGCUCUGACUGCUCCUCCUUCACCCCCCCAUCACAGAACUUGAACAGGCACUUCAGCCACCGUUACGUCAGUCACCUUCUUCAACUACAGCCACUGCAGCCAGUCACGUCUUAAGAAUGCACUGUUAACAAGUGUGGCUCUUUUGUCUGUUCAAGUUCCGUCUCCCACCCACACGUGUGCAAAGAUGGUUGACAGAAAAAUAAACAUUUGCACUCCACUGCUUCAGUUUUCCAGUACUGAUUCUGGCUGAUUCCUGCUUGCCCUCCCCCCCAAAAAGAAAACCCCACCCUCACCCACUCCUGCUUCCAGCGGACAGAGGGAGGGAGAUUAGACCUCCCGGAUUGUACCUGUUACCACCUCAGAACACUCGGUGUUAUCCUGAAGCUUCCGCCAUCUACAGACUCAGAACACACACUUUUGUGUAUGUGUGCGUGUUUGUAUGCGUCUGCGUGAGUUUGUGAUUGACUACUAAAACUAGUCAUCACUACUGAAACUUGUAUUUUUGGUAACUGGUGGUAUUUCAGUGUUAACCCAAUGUCAGCAGGCUUAAGCUGUGUAAACCAAUCUGGUUAUUAACUCCCAGACCGAACAACACAGGGCUUAAUGCAGAAUUUAAGUCAGUUGGUUCAUUACUUUGCACCACUACAACUUACUACGCCACGAACAAGAGUUUUUUGUUUGCUAUUACUCAAAUGGAUAUCAUUUUGUUGAGAACACUCAGGAAAGUAAAAUGAAUUGUGAUGGGAUACAACUUCCCGAGCUAUAAGAAUGUUUUGAAAAUGUGCUUUAGAGAUAACAAGACCAAAAAGCUAAUGGACACUCUAGCACCCUGUAACACAUGUAAUAUACAUAUGACUUUUGCCAAAU